AUGGCCAAACAGACGAGGAACAAGGGUCUAGGAGGCGCCAAAUCGAGAGCGCAAGGGAAGGCGUUCAAUCCUGGCAAUGCCAGUACCAAUCCGGACAGGAAAACCGCAAGCAACUCGCCGGGGUUCAUGCGCUCUAAGAACACCAUCAAACGUCUUAAUAUGUAUAGUCAGAAGCUGAAGAAGGCUGAUUUGAACAAGCGGAAAAUCCAACCUACUGGUCCAGCCCGAAUCGCACCUGAUCGUCGGUGGUUCGGCAACACGCGGGUCCUAAGUCAGCAGAAGCUACAAAAGUUCCGAGAGGAGAUUGGCCAGAGUGUCAACGAUCCUUUCCAGGUGGUAUUGAAGUCUUCCAAGCUGCCGAUGUCCUUAUUGACAGAGGGCCAGAACGAGAGUGAUCAACCCCGAGGGAAGGUGGCCAGGAAGAACCUUCUCGCUGUUGAACCUUUUGACAAGACCUUCGGGUCGACCAAAACUCGCAAGCGGCCGCGUUUGAGCACCGGUAGCAUCGAAGAGAUGGUCAAUAAGGCUAGCCGUAUGGCUGAGGACUAUGAUCCCGGCAAGGAUAAGAGCUCUGAGGAGAAUCGGGUGCUCAGGGACGAAGAGCAUACUGUAGUGAAUGAAGAAGUGUUCAAGAAGGGCACCUCUCGACGUAUCUGGCAAGAACUGUAUAAAGUGGUCGACUCGAGCGACGUGAUUCUGGAGGUCAUCGAUGCUCGGGAUCCUAUGGGCACGAGGUGUCAGAAACUCGAAAGGGAGAUCAGGAGGACCCGACCGAAUAAGCAUAUCGUAUUGAUACUCAACAAGUGUGAUCUUAUUCCGACCUGGGCCACCAAGCGUUGGGUGCAAGUCUUGAGUAAGGAGUUCCCUACGCUCGCCUUCCAUGCAAGUGUGACGAAUCCUUUCGGGAAGUCGGCUCUUUUCCAACUGUUACGACAGUUUGCUCAACUAUUAAAGGAAAGGAAGCAUGUGUCGAUAGGCAUGAUCGGCUACCCCAACGUGGGCAAGAGCUCUGUCAUCAACGCCUUGAAGAGGAAGAAGGUCUGUAAGGCCGCCCCAGUCCCAGGGGAGACGAAGGUGUGGCAAUACGUCGCACUUACUAAGAGGAUAUACCUCAUAGACUGUCCUGGUAUUGUUCCUGCGACUAGCGAUGAUUUCAAACAGGACUGUGCGAAGAUCCUCAAGGGUGUGGUACGUCCGGAGAGGGUAGAGAAUCCUAGCAACUACAUUGACGAGGUGCUCUCACGUGCUAAGCGGGAGGAUCUUAUUACCAAGUAUAGCCUUCCCAACGAUUUCCAGUGGACCGAUGGGGACGACUUCCUUACUAAGUUGGCGCAACAGAUGGGGAAGCUCCGAAAAGGAGGGGAAGCUGACAUCGGGACUACAGCGAGAAUAGUUCUCUAUGAUUGGCAGAAGGGACGCAUACCCUACUUCGAGUUGCCACCCAAGGACUCCGACGACGAUAAUGAUGAUGAGGAGGAGGAAGAGGAGGAGGAGGUGAAUGUGACGGAAGGGGAUGAUGGGAAGCAGUUGAUCAGCAUUCAUCAAGAUCUGUCGAGUAUCGAUGAAGCCCUUGGGGGUAGUGUGGAAGAGGACCACGCGGCCCUGGAUGCUGACGAGGAGGAAGAAGAGGAGGAGGAAGGAGAGGCAUCGGCUCCUUCAAAACGCACUAAGGCAGCCACAGCUGUUGAGGCGGCGACCGCAGCUGCUGCUGCUGAGGAGGUCGACUGGGAUAGGCUACAGGAGGACUUUGAUCAAGAGGAGUAGAGGUGCCCUGUAUAUUAAUACGUAUUAUACUGUCCUGGGAACUCGAGGACUCUUGAGAUCCCUUAACGUUGGAUGUUGUUACUACUAUACGCUUG